AAUAUUUCUAGCAUUCCUCAAAUUUUGUUAGUGUCUUCACCUUCUUUUUUGCUAUAAAAAUCUUCAAGUUAUAAUUGAUUAUAAUGGCUGGUAUGUGCUGUGGUGUUAAUAUAGCUGAAACAGAGGCUACUACACGAGUAGAGCCAAGUUCAGAAUCUGUAAGGAGAAGAAGAAUGGAAAUUCAUCAGUUCCGUUUUGUACCAACCGAUGCUGAAGCAUCGGUUGCGGUACAGGAAAAUGGAAGGAAAAGGCAUAAGAUUGAAAAAGUUGUUGAUAAUAAGAGACAGAAAUUGGAAACUAGUGUAACGAUUUCGUUGUUGCCACCACCAGCGUUGGUGGUGGCUGAUGAAACUGAAACUAAAGUGCCUGAUCUGUCUGAAUCUGGUUCUCAAUCGAUUGAAAUUGAGCCUGAUUUACCUAAAUUUGGUAUGACGUCUGUAUGUGGAAGAAGAAGAGAUAUGGAAGAUGCCGUAGCGAUUCAUCCUUCCUUUUGCAAGGAGAAAAGUGAAAACUCAAGCAAUUUACAUUUCUUCGGUGUAUACGAUGGUCAUGGCUGUUCACAUGUGGCGAUGAAAUGUAAAGAUCGAAUGCAUGAGAUAGUGAAAAACGAGGUUGAAAAGGAAGAAACCCCAUGGAAAGAAGCAAUGAUACAGAGCUUUUCUCUAAUGGAUAAAGAAGUUGUGAAAUUUUCCAACGGAUCUUCUACAUCUAGUUCCGAAUGUAGGUGUGAACUUCAGACUCCACAGUGUGAUGCCGUUGGAUCAACUGCUGUUGUUGCUGUAGUCACCCCGGACAAAAUCGUCGUCUCUAAUUGCGGUGAUUCUCGUGCUGUUCUCUGCAGAAACGGCGUCGCUAUCCCUCUUUCAAUCGAUCAUAAGCCUGAUCGACCCGAUGAAUUGAAUCGAAUACAAGAAGCUGGUGGCCGUGUUAUAUAUUGGGAUGGUGCUAGAGUUCUCGGCGUUUUGGCAAUGUCUCGAGCAAUUGGGGACAAUUAUUUGAAACCAUAUGUUAUAUCAGAACCAGAGGUGACCAUAACAGAACGAACCGAUGAAGACGAGUGUUUGAUACUCGCCAGCGACGGAUUAUGGGACGUCGUAUCGAACGAGACCGCAUGUGGCGUGGCUCGUAUGUGCUUGCAAUCAAGGAGGCCACCGUCUCCGGCGGGUUCGCCGGAAAAUGACAACACGGUGACCGGUGACGGAGAAAGCUCCGACAAGGCUUGUUCUGAUGCAUCCAUUUUAUUGACGAAAUUAGCCUUGGCUAGGCGGAGUACUGAUAAUGUUAGCGUCGUUGUGGUGGAUUUAAGGAAAGAUCUAUAACAUUAUGAUUUAAGUAAUUUUAAUUAAUUAAUUAGUUAAUUAAGUGUAUAAUUUUGUUAUUGAUUUUAAUUAGAGGGUUUUUCUUGAAGAAGGGAAACUCUAAUUUUAGGUUUUUAAUUAACAUGGGUUUUGCUAAUGAAGCUUAGAUUAAAGAUCUUUUGAUUUUGCUGCCUAUGUUGAUGAUUAGUAAUGCUAAUUAUAUUUUAGAGAAAUGGACAUAGAAAUUGUAAAGAGGUGGAUCUUUUCUCCAACUGUCCAAAGAUUUUAUGUGAAAUAUAGAAAAUACAAAAUCCUAUUUU